UGUAUGUAUAUGUAACCUACGCACGCGAUUUACACAAGCGUGCGUCAUACGCCCGGUCAUCGUUUGUGGCUUCCACUCUGUUAAUUUGUUGUUCGGUUCGUCGUCCGAUCGCUCAUAAUCUAAAGAAUCCCGCGUGUCGCUUCCCUCGGGAAGCGUUCGUAACAGCCGCUUUGCCCGCGAAUUUUUUUUCGAAGGCGUCUGUGUAGCGGCCGGUUGCGGGCGCGCGUCGCGCCUGCGCACGCGCGUGUAUCAUCGUGCCAUCUCGUCGUGCGCGAUCGGUCGGCGAUUGUAUGGCGUCCUGCGUAGUGCGUACGUGUGCUUGAACCCGACGGAGACGUUCGUCCCGCUCUCGUGCACGAGAUCCCGACGCCCGCAUUCGUACGGCGAGGUCCACGUCGCGAGUAGUCGACCGCGACGAGAGCACGCCACUAAUCGCUGUCGUGGUCAUGGGUAAGACGCCAAAGAAGGCGGCCCCUGGGGGCGAUGAGAGGAAUUUGUACGUUCGGAGGCUCAAAGCAGCGACCGCGUCGAGAGCUUCUGAAUCUAGCUUGCCCGAGAGACAACGCGAGUCCGAGAGUUCGAACAGGCCAAAAUUGACUGGAAUACAGAAAAGAAUACCGCCUGGGUCAGGAAAGAAUUUUAAGAGUAAACUUCGUCCUCCAACUAAACUUGAAUACCAUCAAACAAAGCAAAACAAACUACUAAUGAAAAAUCCAGAAAUAAAACCUGUCAUGCAGCCAGAAACAGAAGAAGCUGAAGUCAAAUUGAAUGUUUCAAUUCAGAAAGAAAAUGUCACAGAAGAGAAUAGUAAUAACAAAGUUGUUGAAGUUGAGAAAUCUUCUGUAAAUAAGGAUCAUAUUGAACAUGCUUUUGAAGAGACAAGCGAACUUCAAUCUUCUGCGAAAGAUAUUGAAGAAAUUAUAUUUGUAGAGAGCAAAACUGUUUCGCAAGAAGAAGAGGGAAUCUUAUUAGCAAGUACUAACACUGAAACCAAAGAAGCGAAUGAGCAAAAUGAAAAUAAUAUUAAAUUAACAUUUGAAAGUGAAGAAAGCCCUAUAAAAGAUGAAGAAAAAAAAUUAGAUGACAAACGAUCAACAGAUAACUACAAGGGAGAAGAAUUAUUCACGGUACAAGAAGAAAUAAAGAACGGUACAAAUGAAAAAGAAGAAAAGCAAAGCGAAAUUCCAAUCGAUAACGAAAGCUACUCGGUUGACAUCGUUGAGUCUACAACAUCCGAAGUAUCAGAAACGUCGGAAUCCAUUAUUCAAAGUGAUAUACAGAAAGAUAAAGAAAGAAUCGACGAUGCUAUAAAUGAUGCGUCUUUUAUUUCUUACGAUUCAUCUAUAAUGCUAAAAGAUGUAAAAAUCAGGCUUAAUGAUUGUUUGAAAGAUAAUUCAAAGCUUUAUGAUACAAGCAAUAUGGAAGGCAUGCCGAGUCAUCUGUUAAAGGACAUGUCGUUUGGAAAGACCCUGAGAAGCAUUUCGGGAAGACAUUCCAUUGGUAGAAUGCGGCAUGUUACUUUACGUGAACGAAGGAUAUCACCGAAUAGCUCUCUUUUUGUGAAUACAUCGACUAUGUCUAUACCACAGGAUGAAGGAACGGAGGGUUCUAAGUUUUUACAUUACGGUAGCGGUUUACUAUCUGACAGUUUCUCUACAAACGGUAGCCCAUUGGACAGAAAACGUAAAAUCGAAUUAGAAAACUGGAGCUCGACGAAAAAGCAGAAAACAGACGAAGAGAGUAGUCUACUGAACACAUCAUUAAAUCUACUGAAAGGUUUGCGUCUACCUAUGCAGGUAUCUACGCCAAAAGCCACAUCUUAUAAGUUUGAAUCUAAUAAGUUAGAUAUUAGCGGGAUAAAGAAUGAUGACAAUAAAAUGAUGGCUGAACCAACUGAGAGUACAAAGAAAUGGUGUGUCAUCAUGUAAACUGCCCUGAAAAUCACGAUAGUUAAUGUAUCAUUUAUAUGGAAGAAAA